AUGGCGCAACUGUUAGACCUUCCGGAUGAGCUUAUUUUUCUCGUCGUCGACUAUCUACAAGCGGACGCCACGCAGACAGCAUUGCCAUUCUAUGAAUGGGGAGAUGCGUAUAGACGCUCGCUUGAACAGAAUUUACCAAAACGAAUCAAAGACCUGCGCUCCCUUCGCCUCGUAUCCGCUCGCCUGAACAAUCUGUUAAAACCAAUCUUCUACCGUCAUAUUUGCAUCCGCGGAAAUAGACUGCCCAGUAAACCACAGGACCAGCUGAACUGGAGUCUCGAGAAUGAUCCAACGCUCGAAGAAUUUAUUGUCUCUGCAAUUGUUGGCUGCAACGACUCGAUUUAUGACCUUUAUCGAUUCUUUUGGUUCCCUAACAUCCAAGCACUCAGCAUUCUCCGGUUUAAUGAUUGGGAGCCUAUGGAGUUCGAAGACGAUUCGCAUGUUGGCACAUCGCCGGUCACAGCGCUGAAUUUGAUAGACUGUGGGGCGCAUGAGGAGGCAUUAGCCGCUGUACUGAGCUGGCCAGCCGCAUUGGAAGUGCUCCAUUACGACGUCGAACAAGCCGAGUGGGAGGGUCACUAUGGCGAUGGGCCUGCGAAAAGCUGGACAUGCGCUGCGUUUGUACGAACCCUGCAACCGCAAAAGGCUACUCUACGGGAAUUGACUCUCACUCGACCAUGGCUCGUACAUGAGGGAUUGGGUAACGGACCACGCAUAGAUUUGAGCGAUUUUACGGCUCUGACCACACUUCGCAUCUUUCAAGUCUUUCUAUGCGGAGAGGAAGACCCUCUCGAGGCCCGGAGAAGCCUUCCACGCAGCCUUGAGGAGUUAGAGGUCUUUUACGAUGACUGGGAACUCACCCGUUUUGACGAAGAUGAAUUUCUGCGGGGCCUGCUGGCGCAUAAAAAAGAGCAUCUCCCCUAUUUACGUACGGUGUCUAUCAACUCGCCCGAGCAGACCUGGGAUAGCGACACAGAAGAGCGCAAGCCCGCCGGACCAUGGACGCCGCCGUCUCCUCUGGCGCGAGCAUUUAAAACUGCAGACGUGAAUCUAGAGAUAUGGCUGGGCCCUGUGGAACAUCCAAAGUUUGAGGAACUGGACAUUCCCCAGCUUCUUAAGCCACCGAGAAAAAGGCGCCGACUUGAUUGA